AUGCUGCCCUCGGUCGACCGGCCAGCGACUACUGCAGAGGACAUUACCUGCGCCCGCCGAGAGAGCUUCGCAAAGCCGAACCGGCUGCUCGCCUGGCUUCCCCUGCUGCUGGUGUCGGCCCUGUUUUCGUGGGGCUACUACGCCUACGUCCUCGUCUUCUGCUGCACCGUCAUCGCACAGGAAAGCAUAGUCAAGGCCGUAUUCUACGGCAUCGGCUUCCAUCUGCUACUCUUCUUGUGCUUGUGGUCGUAUGCGAAGACGAUGACAACUGUGAUUCCCGACGUGCCUCCCGCAUAUCUUCUGAGCGUGGGCGAGCAGCAGGCACUCGCCAACUGCCACAACGAACGCACCCGGCGUGGUCUGCUCGAAAUGCUAGCAGCGGACAGAGGCGUGAUGACCAUGGGGCCGGACGGGUGCGCAAAGUACUGCGCGCCGUGCCAGCUGCUCAAACCGGACAGGUGUCACCACUGCUCCACGUGCCGAAGGUGCAUCAUGAAGAUGGACCACCACUGCCCGUGGUUCAACAACUGCAUAUGCUUCAGCACCUACAAGUUCUUCCUGCUGGCGCUCGCCUACGUGGUGGCACUGUGCCUCUACAGCGUCACCACCUUGGCAGCCCACUUGGUCGAGUGGUGGUCGGACCCGUCGCCACUGACGCCCUACGGCUUGCACGUGGGCUUCAUCGUGCUCGUGGGCUCCGCGCUGGCCAUCGGUCUCGGCGCUUUCCUCGGCAUGCACCUGUCCAUGGUGUCGAGGAACGAGACGACGCUGGAGAGGAUGCGCAGCGUAGUGUUCCAGGAGAACGGGGACUCGUUCGACCUCGGCGACCGGUAUCGGAACUUCGUUGAAGUGUUCGGACCGCGGCGGGCGCUGUGGAUGAUUCCCGUGUUCACGAGCGUCGGCGACGGCGUCCGGUUCCCGACCAGGCUGCACCCCAGGCGAGGCGCAGGGGAGUCUCGGCCGUCUUCCGUCGUGCCAACCUACUCCGCGGCCACCUAUUCGACGGACUCGUCGAGCCCCGAUCACGGAGCCGCCGUCGCGGAUAAUACGAUAGCCAAUCGACCCGUAUAG